GGCCAGCCUCUGUUUCCAGGCCGGCCUCCAGAAGCGAGCGCACAAGAUGGCGGUCCCGGGAGUCCCGAGGAGGUGUACGAGGAGGUGUUUGCUUUUCAGCUGUGGGCUCUAGCGCGGGGUUGGGGUCAGGAGACAGGCUUUGCCCAGGUGACAGGAGGCUCGAGCGGUGCCAUCCGGCCUCGUGGGUUGCCAGGCCCGUUCGCUGCUGCCCCGGGGCCCCGCCGCCUCCCCAGCCCUGCCCCGGGGCGGAACCGAAGGAAGGUCAGGUCUGGCCGUCCCACCCCGCCCCUUCUCGUCCCACGACAAUCGCUGUUCUGUGCGUGGCUCACUAUUAACAUUUGAGAUCAGCCACGUGCAUCCUCCAUGGCGGCCUCGCAAGUUCCAGGGGAGAAGAUUAACAUCCGGACGGGAGAGACGGCCAAGGCGGGGGACAGGGACCUGCUAGGGAACGACUGUCCGGAGCGGGACAGGCCCCUCCAGCGUUCCUGGAGGCAGAAGUGCGCCUCCUACGUGCUGGCCUUGCGGCCCUGGAGCUUCAGUGCCUCCCUCACCCCGGUGGCCCUGGGCAGUGCCCUGGCCUACAGAUCCCAGGGCGUCCUGGAUCCCAGGCUGUUGGUGGGUUGUGCCGUGGCGGUCCUGGCUGUGCACGGGGCUGGCAAUUUGGUCAACACUUAUUAUGACUUUUCCAAGGGCAUUGACCACAAAAAGAGUGAUGACAGGACCCUGGUGGACCGAAUCUUGGAGCCCCAGGAUGUUGUGCGGUUCGGAGUGUUCCUGUACACUUUGGGCUGUGUCUGUGCGGCUUGCCUCUACUACCUGUCCCCUCUGAAACUGGAGCACUUGGCUCUUAUCUACUUUGGAGGCCUGUCUGGCUCCUUUCUCUACACAGGAGGAAUUGGAUUCAAGUACGUGGCUCUGGGAGACCUCAUCAUCCUCAUCACGUUUGGCCCGCUGGCUGUGAUGUUCGCCUACGCCGUCCAGGUGGGCUCCCUGGCGGUCUUCCCACUGGUCUACGCCAUCCCCCUCGCCCUUAGCACCGAGGCCAUUCUCCAUUCCAACAACACCAGGGACAUGGAGUCUGACAGGGAGGCGGGCAUCGUCACGCUCGCCAUCCUCAUCGGUCCCACCUUCUCCUACGUGCUGUACAACACUCUGCUCUUCCUGCCCUACCUGAUUUUCAGCAUCCUGGCCACACACUGCAGCAUCAGCCUGGCCCUGCCCCUGCUCACCAUCCCCAUGGCCUUUUCUCUGGAGAGACAGUUCCGCAGCCAGACUUUCAACAAACUGCCCCAGAGGACCGCCAAACUCAACCUCCUGCUGGGGCUCUUCUACGUCUUUGGCAUCAUCCUGGCACCAGCGGGCAGUCUGCCCAAACUCUAAGGGGACAGGGAGCUCCCCCAGCCACACGUGCCCGUAUCUGAGCCGGGUUGAGGGCAGAGUAUCUGAAGAGAGAAGGUGAUUUGGCACUGAGGGGCCUAAGGAUGGCUUGUGAACACCCACCUUUUUUUUCUGAAUUUUCACAUUCUUAAAGAUAGUGUUUUGUUUUCGUUUUAUUCUGUUUUGUGGGGAGUCUUGAAACCACUCUGGUAUCAGAAGAAGGUGAAUUGGCCGCAUGGCUCUUGUUUUAUUUCUAGUUUCCACUAGAGGGUG